AGAAUUAGUUGUAUCAACUUUGGAAUUUAUUCAGGAUAAGUUGGUUUGAAUACCUUCAAAAGGAACAAGAAAAGAAAUCAUUUGUCAAGUUGAUGUUACUUUCUUGGGCCUAUAAAUGAGAUGUGUUGCUAUGCAUGACAAGAGUACUCCUCUCCAUCUCCCAUGCAGUCAAAACUAAAAUCUUGGCUAGCCAGCUAUUGUCAUCUUCUUUACAUAAGUUUCUCCAAUGGGUUUUAUGAAAAAGGUAUUCAUUUUACUGGUUUUGGUUUUGCAAGGUACCAAUAUGGCUUAUGGGGAGAGUGAACUACUUGUCCUAGACUAUUACAAAGAAAUAUGCCCUUCAGCAGAAGAGAUUGUUAGAUACAAUGUUGAACUUGCUGUCAUUAAAGAUCCUAGAAUGGCCGCUUCUUUACUUCGCUUGCAUUUUCAUGAUUGUUUUGUCAUGGGUUGUGAUGCAUCUGUUCUUCUGGACAGCUAUGGAGAGAUGGUUAGUGAAAAGCAAGCAGGGCCUAACCUCAACUCUUUACGUGGUUUUGAUGUGAUUGAUAAGAUUAAGUAUGAUUUAGAAGAAGCAUGCCCACUUACUGUCUCAUGUGGUGAUAUUUUAGCGAUGGCUGCUCGAGAUGCUGUUGCUUCAAGAGGAGGGCCAAUUUGGGAUGUAUGGCUAGGCAGGAAGGACUCCCUGAAAGCUAGUUUCGAUGGUGCCAAUAAGUUUAUACCUUCUCCAAACUCUUCUCUGGAAACUCUAAUUGCCAAUUUUAAACAACAGGGGCUGGACAUUGGGGACUUGGUUGCUUUAUCAGUUUAUAAAACAGGUAGUCACACAAUGGGAAAGGCAAGAUGCUUAAGCUUUAGGCAAAGAGCGUACAACGUGAAUCCUGAAGAAAAUUAUGACAAAUACAAGAGAUACACUACAUAUAGAAGAAUCCUACGGUCCAUAUGCCCAAGAUCAGGGAAAGACAAUGAAUUAGCACCGCUUGAUUAUAAGACUCCAGCUAGAUUUGACAACCAAUAUUUCCUAAACAUUCUUGAAGGAAGAGGGUUGUUAGGAUCUGAUAAUGUGUUGGUAUCUGAAGAUGAUGAAGGGGACAUAAUCAGGCAAGUGUGGGCUUAUGCCUCUGAUCAAGAACUUUUCUUUGGUUCAUUUGUAAAUUCUAUAAUCAAGAUGGGGAAUAUAAAUGUACUCACUGCGAAUGAAGGAGAGAUCAGAAAGAAUUGUAGGUUUGUCAACAAUUAACAGAAUUCUUUUCUUACGUUUUAUCUCAGGAGACUUUCCUUUCAGUUUGAGCCAAGCUACAAUAAAAAAAAAUUGUAUUUUUCAUA